UUUGUAGCUGCUGAGAGCCGAGAGAGAGGAGACUGCACCGUACCGUACACAGCCAGGGCAAACCAGGAACCUGUCCGCACCGUACACCGCGUACACAGACUGCACAGCCAGGGCAAACCAGGAACCUGUCCGCACCGUACACAGCGUACACAGACUGCACAGCCAGGACAAACCAGGAACCUGUCCGCACCGUACACACCGGGUACCCACUGCACUGAUAUACACAGGCAAUCGAGAACACUACCAGGAAGGCAAACAGAGAGAGGAAAUAUCACAAUACAGAGAUAAGCGUAAAACACAGAGUUAAUAUCACUAUACAGAGAGGGCACAGUACAAUACAGAGAGGGCACAGUACAAUACAGAGACAUAGUACAAUACAAUACAGAGACAGGGUAUAUAAGAGCACAAAUUGAGACCAACCAGGGGCACAGGACACCAAUCAGAGAGCACAUAGCAAUAGGAAAGAAUAGACCUCCGUAUUAUACAGACACACAGAGAGAGAUAGAGAGAGGGUUACACAUUCACCCAGGAAACGGGCACUCUCAGGAAAAAGAAAUAGAAAGGAGAGGCCACCACACCAACAGGGAGUAUACAGCUAGGUCACCCAAAGUAAGAGAGCAGGAACUCCAAACAGAAAGAUAGCAAGUGCACAUGAAGAGAGGAUCCCUCACUUGGUAUUAAAUUGGACUUCAGAGCCUGGACCAGAGAGAAGACAACCCAUGAACAUCUUCAACUCAACUAGCCAAAGUCAAGACAGGCCAAGGAAGAGGGACCUCCAGCCCAGACUGAUCUACCAGGACUUAUCCCAGUCUGCACAGCUACAGUAAGAAAGAGCUUGUUACAUUGUUACAACUCCCUCUUCCUGCUGCCUAUUACAUCCAGCCUACUCCAAUGGACUCUGUGACAGUCUGGGUAUCUCCUGUCUGCUGAAGACCCAUCUGGGUGUUUAACUAAAAACCUUUUUCUGUAGUCUCCCUUUAACUCCCAGAAGCUUAUAUGAGUGCUGCCUUCCAGCCUCCUCUCAUGAUGAUGCAGCGUCCACUGGGCAGCAGCACAGCCUUCAGCAUAGACUCUCUAAUAGGAAGCCCACCUCAGCCCAGCCCUGGGCACUUUGUGUAUACAGGAUACCCCAUGUUUAUGCCCUACAGACCAGUGGUGUUACCUCCUCCACCACCUCCUCCUCCUUCCCUGUCCCAGGCCACCUUGCAGUCCUCUCACCCCCAUCACCAGAUGCCAAGCUUGCCCAGUGGAUUCUGCUCCAGCCUGGCACAGGGCAUGGCACUCACCUCCACCCUCAUGGCCACCCUUCCAGGUGGAUUCUCAGCUUCACCCCAGCACCAGGAAGCAGCCAGAAAGUUUGGAGCUCAGAGCCUCCAGGGUGGAUUCGAGAAAGGAGACAGUGGGCAAUCAGAUGGAGAGGACAGUCCCAAGACUUAUGUGACCAAAGAGGGGACCUUACUGCCUUUUGCUUCUUCAGAAUCAUCUUUAGGUCCAGUCCGGGGUCAGGGUAAGGAGUCUCCUGGGAAGGAUGAUGAGGUGAAGGGGAAGGAAGACUCCUAUCUCAUGGACAGUGACUUGGACUACAGCUCCGAUGACAACAUCUCGUGCCAGACGGCUCACAAGGAGGAGGACACCCCGGAGGAAGGUCCACAGAACCCCAACCCCACCACCAACACUUCCUCCAGCGGCAAGAACCGGCGGCGGAGAACCGCCUUCACCAGCGAGCAGCUCCUGGAGUUGGAGAAGGAGUUCCACUGCAAGAAGUACCUGUCCCUCACAGAGCGCUCUCAGAUCGCCCAUGCCCUCAAACUCAGCGAGGUCCAGGUCAAGAUCUGGUUCCAGAACCGCAGAGCCAAGUGGAAGAGGGUCAAGGCUGGCAAUGCUAACUCCAAAACCGGGGAACCCUCAAGGAACCCCAAAAUCGUGGUUCCCAUCCCAGUCCACGUCAGUAGGUUCGCCAUCAGAAGCCAACACCAGCAGUUGGAGCAGGCUAGACCCUGAGAUGCUGGAAAUUAUGGACUUGGAAUCUGAGCCAAGGGACACACUAACCAUUAGCCAUAGACAGGAGGCUGACGCCACCGAUUUUACUCUAGACUUUCUAAAACAAAAAAAGGGACAGAAAACCACAGGGAACCCCUAAACUAUUUAUUAUGGGAAGAGGUCUGUGGGGACAGAGGGAACUUGGUGGCAGACACUGGGUGGUGUCAUCUUGCCUGGGACAAAAAAAACCCCCCCAUAGACAGUAAGUGACCUCCAGAUGUUAUGGGAGAAAACCAAAACUAUUCCUCAGCUCUUCUCUGGGUCGUUAGAAUUUGGGGUGGGGGGACAGAAAGUCCCAUUUAUGGACAGACAAUCUAAAGAUGUCCUUGUUUGCUCCUUCAGCGCUUCAGAUUAUGUUGUGAUUAAUUAAUUUAUUUCAUGUCUCAUAUUUCUUCUAAUUUAUGAAAUUCGAAAAGAGAAAAAAAAAUCCUAAAAAAAAAAAAUCCAGUCUUGUGAAACUUAAUAAUGUCACUAAUAAAUAAUCCCAUGCGGCCAGUCUGGGAGAUUUGGGGUCAUUCCAGAAGGUAACAUGAAGGGGUUGUGGUAGGUCCUUGUUAAUCUCUUUCAAAACCCUCUUGAGACUCAUUUUGUCAAAUGUGAUCUGUGUGAUUUGGAGGGGGAGUCACCAGAAGAUGGGCUGUGUGGGAUUUUAAUAGAGCAGGACA